GGGGCAGCGGGACUCUGGCUUCCCGGGACCAACUUUGUUUGCCGGUCGCCUCGCGGUGGGAGUCAGCUGCGGCGUGCUCGCGGUUGGGCCCGCCGCGGCUGCCGCCCGCGGGGCAGGGGGUGGAGAGAUGGCGGAGGUGGUCGUCGGCAAAGAAAAGGGCGGGGAGCAGCGGCUGGUGUCGUUGCCCCUGUCCCGCAUCCGGGUCAUCAUGAAGAGCUCCCCCGAGGUGUCCAGCAUUAACCAGGAGGCGCUGGUGCUCACGGCCAAGGCCACGGAAUUCUUUGUUCAGUAUCUAGCCACCUAUUCCUACAAACACGGCAGUGGAAAAGAAAAGAGAGCACUGACUUACAGUGACCUGUCAAAUACUGCAGAGGAAUCGGAAACUUUUCAUUUUCUUUCAGAUAUAUUACCAAAGAAGAUUUUAGCUAGUAAAUACCUGAAAAUGCUUAAAGAGGAGAAGAGAGAAGACGAGGAGGAGGGAGAGAAUGGGAGUGAUGAAGGUGACAAUGACGAAGCUGAAUCCUAAACCAAAGAGGAAACACAUCACAGAUCAGCCUGGCGGGGCCUUCUGGACAGCAUCGCUUUGAAGCAAACACAGCUCCGUGACUUCAGUCUCUUCAGAUUUCAGAGCCUUCAAGGAGAUGGCAUCUCCCCUGGCUGAGACAGCAUCUAACGCAGCUCCACCAUAAGUAGCCAACAGGCAGUAACCCCCAGAGCAGCCUGUCUUUCAGGCCCACACUGCAGUUGAGGGUUACUGAGACGAGCUGCCUGCAGAGUCCGGCGCUGCCCGUUGGUCUGCUACAGCUCUGAGCUGCAGAGGCAAAAACAACUUUGCUCAACGUCUUAAUUUACAGAUAGAUUUUGAAGAGUUUCUAAAUAUCAGCUGUAUAAAUUCAUAUGUGUAUAUUUUGAAGUUAGGUCUUGUAACCAACUAGAUCCAGUUUUAGCUAAAUAUGUAGUUUAUGGGUAGUAUGUUACAUUUGAAUUUUUAUAUUUCAAGAAAAUGUUUACUCUUUGUCCAACCAUUGCAUUUUUUAACUGUAAAAGAAUAUACUUUUUUGUUAAAAUCUGUAUAUAUUUUCACACUAAAAUGUUUUAUGAAACUAGUUUUGAAGGCCUUUAUUGCUGUAGUGCUGUGCUUGCUACCUAAAACUUUUUAAGAUUUAAAAACAUACAUUUGUAACACUUCUACUCCGAGAGAAAAAUCCCAAGUCAGAAUUAUCAAAUACAAAAAGAAGUAUUACCUCUGCAUAAGCUUCUUAUUACAAGCACGUUCUUCUUAAAAACAUUUUAAACAUACGUUGAAUGUAUGUCUCAUUGUUCUUUCUUUAUACCACCACUGUCAGUACAGAGAAG